AUGCCUCCCAAGCCGUCGAUAGCUGGCAAGUUGGAUAACAUUCAAGGUGAUAUCUGGAGCAAAGGUUUCCCGAAAUACUAUGAGACGUACUACUUCUUCUCAAUUAAGACGCCUUUGCUUAAUGAGAAGAAUCUCUUUUCUCAAUGUCUGAAGAACUUGUCUACGCAGUCACCGCGGCUCAUCUCAACGUUGAGAAUGGUGCGGGAGGACCACAACAGGAUAUCCACAAGAAGAAAAGAAGAGGCAAUAAAACAAGGUAUUCCGGAGAAAAGAGUAGUUCUUCCGGAGAUACCUAUGUCAAAUGCCCUGAUUGCCUUUACGAUCAAAGGCUUACAGGCUAUACAAGCUGGCCUUCAAGACGAUACUAGUCUGAGAUUGACCGAUGUCGCAGCCACUGAUCCGGCAUUUUUUGCAGGCAUGACGCCAAAAGAGGUCACGGCCCUCCUAAAAGAUCCUGACCAGGACACGUGGGAUCCCCUCUUUCGGUCGACCGAAAUUCAUGGAAUGCUCAAGAUUGGUGGAAGCUCUAAGGGUAAGGUCGAGGAACACUUGAAGAAUAUCAAGGGAGUUCUGAAACAUGGCACAGCCAUUGAUGAUGUGUUUCAGGAUUCACCGUCAACACCAACUGAUUCUCGAGUUGACGGUUGGACCAGGCCCAAUGAUCGUGGCAAAGAACAUUUUGGAUUUGAGGAUGGAAUCUCGCAGCCACUGAUGAAUGGGAUUGAUGAGCAGGAGCCGGGUACAAACGCUAAUACCGACGUGAAUAUGUAUACUGACCCAAGGCUCCUCAUCGUGACAGGAGACACGAAAAGGGAAAGCUCAAUCCCGCGUCCUCCAUGGAUGGAAAAUGGAUCCUUUCUCGUUUUUCGCAAGCUCGAGCAGAAUGUAAAGGCUUUUGAAGACCUUACAGAGCAGUGGGAGAAGAAGGGAUGUGAAUCCAAAGAGCAUAUGGGCGCGAAACUGAUGGGUCGGUGGAAAAGUGGUGCUCCACUUGCAGUGGUCAACUUUUACACAGAGGACUCGAAGGAUCCGGACAAGGCGAAAGAGAUGAACAACUUCAUUUACGAGAAUGAAGUAUGCCCUGUAUCCGCACACAUUCGAAAGACCAAUCUCCGGGAAGAUCUUACGGAGAAUGACAAAGAUCCGAGGGCUCUGCGGACGAAAAUAAUCCGCAACGGGAUCCCAUACGGAACUGACUACAAGGGAAACGAAAACAACACAAAAUUGACACGUGGACUCUUGUUUGCAUGCUACCAAGCUCACAUUGAGGAUGGGUUUCAGAACAUGCAAGUGAAUUGGAGCAACGAUUCAACGUUCCGCACAGGCCACCCUGGGCAAGACCCAAUCAUUGGCCAGGUCGCCCAGAAGAGCAGAGGGGUUAACGGAGACCUGGAAACAUUCUUCAAUGACAAAUUCGGCGUUCGGCAAAGCGUGAAAUUCCAACAAUUGGUGACGAUGAAGGGUGGUGAAUAUUUCUUUGUGCCGUCCAUCCCAGCUAUGAGUGACGACCUGGGCAUGACCUGAGUCAAGAUACGACUUGAGUAACGUCAGUUCGCAAGUAUGAC